CCGCCGCCUCCGCGCUCGUGGCCGGGACCCGCGGGGCCGCCUCCUCCGGGCUCCCCGGCGCCGCUGGGCUCCCGGGCGGGCGGCAGGUGCAGUGCGGCCGGGCGGCCGGCGAGGAGGGCGCCGCGGCGGCGGGUGGAUGAGAGUUGGCUCCGAUCUCCGCGCAGGGGACCCCGACCGUCAUGUUAAGGUAAAGCAGAGGGGCUCAGUGCUGAACAUGCUAAGGAGGCUGGACAAAAUCAGGUUCAGAGGUCACAAGAGAGAUGACUUCCUCGAUCUAGCAGAGUCUCCAAAUGCCUCGGACACUGAAUGUGGAGAUGAAAUACCCCUGAAAAUACCUCGGACCUCGCCCCGGGACAGCGAGGAGCUGCGGGACCCUGCUGGUCCAGGGACCCUCAUCAUGGCUGCAGGAGUCCAGGACUUUAGCCGGACAGAGUUUGAUCGACUAAAUGAGAUCAAAGGCCACCUGGAAAUCGCCCUAUUGGAAAAGCACUUCUUACAGGAGGAGCUCCGGAAGCUGCGGGAAGAAACCAACUCGGAGAUGCUGCGGCAGGAGCUGGACCGGGAGCGGCAGCGGCGGAUUGAGCUGGAGCAGAAGAUCCAGGAAGUGCUGAAGGCCAGAACCGAGGAGCAGUCAGCUCAGCAGCCUCCAAAAGGGCAGGCCCAGGUCAACAACGGAGCAGACCGCCGGAGCCAGGGGCUAUGCCCCCGCGUCCAGAAGUGGUUCUACGAGAGGUUCGGGGAGUACGUGGAGGACUUCCGCUUCCAACCCGAGGAGAGCGCCGUGGAGACGGAGGAGCCGCUCAGCGCCCGCAGGUUGACGGAGAACAUGAGGCGCCUGAAGCGCGGUGCCAAGCCUGUCACCAGCUUUGUGAAGAACCUCUCUGCCUUAUCCGACUGGUACUCCGUCUACACAUCCGCCAUCGCCUUCACCGUGUACAUGAAUGCCGUGUGGCAUGGCUGGGCCAUCCCCAUGUUCUUAUUUCUAGCAAUUUUGAGGUUAUCCCUCAAUUACCUCAUAGCCAGGGGCUGGAGGAUACAGUGGAGCAUCGUGCCAGAAGUGUCCGAAGCUGUGGAGCCUCCAAAGGAAGACCUGACCGUGUCUGAGAAGUUCCAGCUCGUGCUGGACGUUGCCCAGAAAGCUCAGAACCUCUUUGGCAAGAUGGCCGACAUCCUGGAAAAGAUCAAGAACCUGUUCAUGUGGGUGCAGCCCGAGAUCACGCAGAAGCUGUACGUCGCACUGUGGGCCGCCUUCCUUGCCUCCUGCUUCCUCCCCUACCGCCUGGUGGGGCUAGCCGUGGGACUCUAUGCCGGAAUCAAGUUUUUCCUCAUCGAUUUUAUCUUCAAACGCUGCCCGAGACUGCGCGCCAAGUACGACACUCCCUAUAUCAUCUGGAAGAGCCUGCCCACGGACCCCCAGCUCAAAGAGCGCUCCAGCGCUGCCGCCGUGUCACGCAGGCUGCAGACAGCCUCCUCACGGAGCUACGUGUCCAGUGCGCCAGCCGGCCUGAGUAAGGACGAGGACGCCGGUCGUUUCCACGGCACCAAGAAGGGCAAUUUCCAUGAAAUCUUUAACUUGACAGAAAACGAGCGUCCGCUGGCAGUGUGUGAGAACGGCUGGCGCUGCUGCCUGAUAAACCGAGACCGGAAGAUGCCGACAGACUACAUCAGGAACGGCGUGCUGUACGUGACGGAGAAUUACUUGUGCUUCGAGAGCUCCAAAUCGGGCUCUUCCAAGAGGAACAAAGUCAUCAAGCUGGUGGACAUCACAGACAUCCAGAAGUACAAGGUCCUCUCCGUCCUCCCGGGGUCGGGCAUGGGCAUUGCCGUGUCGACACCAUCCACCCAGAAACCGCUGGUGUUUGGUGCCAUGGUGCACAGAGACGAGGCCUUCGAGACCAUUUUCAACCAGUACAUGAAAAUCACAGCAGCUGCAGCGUCGGGCAGCGACAGCUAGUGUCGACUCUCUGGGACAUUGCUGGAAGUUUCUUUCUUUUUUAACAAUUUGGUAGUGGGAAAAAAAUUGGACAUCCUCGUGAUCUUUUGCAAUAAUUCCCCUCGAUCUGUGGUUUCUAUUAUGUUGAUCCUGCGUUUCACAGACCCCUCACGCAGGGGUCAGGGCUCUCGAGGGACGGUGCCGGCCUGCCCGGUGGCAGAGGCACGUCUCACAGACAUCUGUGGACACGGAGGGCAGAGGAUCCUCGGAGGCCACUGGAAAGGAUGAUACACAGGAGACACGGCACCCCAGCCGCCACCCCAGCACAGCUGCUCCUCUGUGUCCCCACCUGGACAGAGAGACCAGCACCAGCCGCGCAGCCCGGCUCUCUGGAGGCCAGAAGCUCUUCCACACCAAAGCCAUAGUGGAGGAGGGUGUCCUUCACACACUCCUCCUGGAUGUGAAGGACGUCGGUGACAAGUGACAUGGAGGCCCCUUCACCAACCACCAUAAACGAGUCAGUCGGUCUUGCUCCUUCCUUCAGCGAGACACCCUGCAGCGUGUCUUCAGAGUGCGAUCUGGCCUGCGCUCUGUGCUCGGCCUUUGUGGGGGCAUCAAGGGCUGGCGGGGAGGGGCCCCACCACCCGUCCGGGCCACCUGCCAUCUCGGCCUGAUGGGCUGGCCAGGAAGCCUGUGUUGGUGA